CUCCAUCUUUUUCCCAUCCCGCCUUUUUUUUUCUCUCGUGCUCUUACCCCGAAGUCUUCAAAGUCCAAACCCCCUCUCUCAUAUUUGUGCCGCCUCAGUCAAAGAUGAAUUUCUUUCCUUUACACCGAAACCGGUCAGGGCUGAGCUCGAACUCCUCUUAGAGCCCUCUCCUUUGACAAGAGCUCAUACUCCUCUCACUCCUCCAUUCGGCAUCAGUGACAGGUCUUGGAUUUGAUUAUGUUUGAGUGUAACACAGCUAAUCACUUUCCCCACAAAGUCUGAUAAAAAGGCUUUACUUGCAGAAAUUAUUGUAUGGUACUGUAGUAUAGUCACGUGAUAUAAUAUGGGUGGAUGAUACGGUUGAUAUUUCCCACUUUUAGAGUAUAGUAUAACAAAAUAUCCAUGUGUAUUAUAACACGUGAACGAGUUAUAUCAUGUGGACCUACUAUGCUACAACACUAUAGCAGCUUGUUUGUCAACUUCAAAGUGUAGUCCACCACAUGAGCAGCAGAGUCUUCUCUAAAUCAGUCACAGGCCCUCCGUAUCUUCUCCUACUACAAAGAUGUUCAAGCUUGAACGAACUUAAACAAAUCCAUGCCCAAAUAGUCACCACCGGUCUUGCUCGUUUCACCUUCAUUGCCAGCAAGCUCUUAGCCUUCUCUGCACUAUCAGAAUAUGGCAAUCUGCACUACGCUGAGACUCUAUUAUAUCAAAUUACCAGACCCAACAUCUUUGAUUGCAAUUCCAUGAUUAUGGGUUUCUUGAAACGCUCAGAAUCUGAAAAGGGUCUCUCCAUUUACACCAAAAUGAGAAGGAUGGGCACUGAGCCAAAUGCUCGUACUUUCACUUUUUUAGUUAAAGCAUAUGUUGGUGCAUCUUUGCUUGGUCAGCUACAAGGUCAGAUAAUGAAGUUUGGACAUGGUUGUGAUGUUUAUGUUAUUAGCUCACUUAUUAGUACGUACUGCAAAUGUGAAGCUGUGGAAUUUGCUCGUAGAGUGUUUGAGGAAAGUUUGGAUAAGAAUGUGGCUUGUUGGACUAGCCUUAUUAGUGGUUAUUGUAGUAAUGGGUUGGUUCACGAGGCUCGUGAUUUGUUUGAUACAAUGCCAGAGAGAAACGAUGUUUCUUAUAGCGCAAUGGUUUCUGGGUAUGUUUGGAAUGCUUGUUUCAAUGAAGCUAUUGACCUGUUUCGUGAAUCGAAGAGUCAUGUCAGGCUCAAAGAGUCUCUUUUGGUCAGUGUUCUUAAUGCUUGCGCGUCCGUGGGCGCAUUCAAAGAAGGGAAAUGGAUUAAUUUGUUUUUAAAUGAAAACGGUAUUGAGUAUGGACUUGAGCUUGGUACUGCACUAAUAGAUUUUUAUGCAAAAUGUGGAUGCAUUGAAGAUGCACAAGAAGUGUUCAGUAUGAUGCCUAGUAAAGAUGUGACUACUUGGAGUGCUAUGAUCAUGGGAUUUGCUAUCAAUGGUGAGAAUGAUAUGGGGCUUGCACUUUUUGCAGAAAUGGAAAAGAAGGGACCUAAACCAAAUGCUGUGACAUUUGUUGGAGUUCUCACUGCUUGCAAUCACAAAACUCUGGUAAAUGAAGCAUGGCGCUUGUUGGGACGCAUGAGUAAAGUUUAUGGUAUUGCUCCAGGGAUUGAGCACUAUGGGUGCAUGGUUGAUCUCUUGGCACGCGCCGGACAAGUGAAGGAUGCAGAAACAUUGAUAAGAAGUAUGGCAAUGAAACCAGACGGAGCGAUAUGGGGGUCUUUGCUUAAUGGCUGCCUGAUUCAUGGCCAUGCUGAGGUAGGGGAUAGGGUGGGGAAGCUUCUGAUUGAGUUAGAACCUCAACAUAGUGGAAGGUAUGUUCUUCUGGCCAACAUGUAUGCCGAAAUGGGAAACUGGGAGGAUGCGACGAGGGUCAGGAAAAUGAUGAAGGAUAGAGAAGUAGUUACAAGUUCUGCUUGGAGCUUCAUCGAGAUUGAUGGUGUUGUCCAUAAAUUUGUAGCUAACGAUAAGUCUCAUUCUCGUUCCAGAAAGAUAUACAAAACUUUAAACCAACUCAGAAGGGAUCUUGAAGGCUUUUCAAUUGGUAAUUAUGCAUCAUUGCUUUAAAGAUGUCUUUAUUGGUGUAUUGGAAAGAUCAAAUCCAGAGGCAAGUCUAUCCUGUUCUUCCAAAGAUGCAUCUAGCUGCAGAUCUUUACAUUGAAUGCUGUUGUAUUUAUUUAGCUCAGAAGCCAGCCUCCAUUAGUUGGCUAAAAGGGAUUCUCUAAACCUGGAUUCGCAUCAAAGAACCACAUCCAGCAAUUUUUGAAGUUUUCUCCAAGCUCCAUGAAAAGCCAAUGACAGAGAUGAGCCAUUUCUUCCUAUAUAUUUGAUUCCCGCGGUUAGUCUAAUGUCUGCAAAAUUGGCUAGAAGAAGCUCCCUAGUGGCACCAUGAAUUGGUGGGGCCCAAUCCUCUCUUGGCAUGCCAAGUGGAUUUUGAUUUUUAGUGAGAGGAUGGUUAAAGCAGGAAUUGAAAUACCAUUGUACCCACCGUAUUCUCAAUACCACUUAACCAACCCAUGCUGGUACAUUUUGUUUUCUUCUCCAACCAACUCCACCACCUUUAGAAGAAGAGCCUUCAACUUUGUGUUUGUGCACGACAAGACUUUGCU